AUGAUCUAUUAUUCUUAUACAGUCAUCAUCAUUAUUCUUACUGUCAAUCUGUCAUUUGCAUGGACAACACCGUCCAUAAUCAAAGCACAAGCUGAUAAAUUACAAAAUAUAACAACAUCAGCUAGUGAUCGUUUCGUAAUUUCACAUACAAAUCAUGAAGAAGAUAUUGAACAUAAUAAUGAUGAUGAUUUAUCAAUAAAAAAACAAAUAUCAUCUGUUGUCGUAUUAACAUCAUUAUCAGGUAUAUAUAUUUGGUGGCCAAUUAUAUUCGGUGGUGAUGAUUCUUUUCAUUUAUUACUUACGCAAGAAGAUGUACCUCGUUUUCAUGAUGUUACUGGUGAUGAUCAAGGUAAUAUUUAUUUAACAGCACCACAUGAACGUAAUGUUUAUCGUUUACAAUAUUCUGAUGGUUGGUGGAUAUCAAAUUUUUCAAAUCAUUCAGUUAUGAAUUCAAUUCGUAGUGAAAUGCCAUUAUUUCUCAAUAUACAUUAUGUAUCAUCAAUACUUUAUGUUUAUGGUCAUUUAGAUAUACAAAUAAUUGAUUUACUUCAACGACCACGUACACGUGGUUCAGCACCAUUUAUGAAACGUUUACGUGAAUUAAGUCCUAAUUUACGUAUAAGUGAUAUGAUUAUUGAUCAAUUAACAUCCGAUGGUUAUAUUAUAGGUGAUUCAUAUGGUUGGUGUACAGUUAUACGUUGUUCAUUAAGUGUUAGUGAAUGUGUAUUUUUAUUUAAAAUUCCAUCAUCAUAUGAUAAUCGUCCAUAUCCAUGUACAGCAA